UUCCAGCUGACCAGCUGACUGACCCCAAGAGACGGGGCUUAGGGUCUGUAUCAGCUGACCUCUGUCAUUGUCUGUGGUCAGUUUCUGUGCUCUGCCACGUCCUUGUGCCUGGCCAUUGUGGUCUUGUUUUGUUGUUAUGCAAAUCAGACAAGACUUAUGGAAUUCGGGAUCUCGAUUUGGACCAUAGAACACUACGGGUAGCUGCAGAUUCCCGGUGAAAAGCUGUUCACUCGAAGAAUCACACGUCAUCGCCACCAACGUGCUAUGGCGGCUCCUCGGCAUUCUUUUAUCAAGAUCUAUCAAGUCUCGUCUUACACGUCUUAACGGAAGCUAACGGAAGGACUGUAGACAGACUGUAGAGAGACUGAAGAGAGAAAUACUCUGCCUACUACCGGGCACUAGUAGCACCCCACAGAUGUCGGAAAACGCCAGCUGACCUGUAAAGAAGUUCACCCAGAUGCCAACGGAGAUAGCGCGGGCAAGGCCACAGCUAAACCCCAAAAAUCUGCACUUAUGAACAGGAGGACAAAGAAGAAAAGAUCUCUCCGAGGAUGAAGUGGAACGAUAGAUUCCGGCUGCUGUUCUGUGGAGCCCAGGGGAAAGCAUGGCUGGUGUGUGUGUGUACGCUACUGACCUACACUUUAGUCAUGGGGACCAUGCUGAGUUUCGGGGCCUGGUUCCUCAGACUGGAGCGGGAGUUUGGCACCAACUCCACGUUCAUAGGAUGGAUCGGUUCUGUGACGUACGGACUGCUAUGUCUCGCUUCUCCACUAUCAACGCCUCUGUUUCUACGUUUCGGCCACCGUAAGGUGGCACUGUGUGGCGUGGUCCUAUGCAGCGCUUCUCUUCUCACCACGUCGUUCGUGCCCCACAUCGCCUACAUGUUCGUCACCUACAGCCUCCUGUACGGUCUGGGGGCCAACUUCGUCUUCAAUUCCUCCAUCAACCUAGUGGGGGCGCAUUUUCAGCACAAGUACCGCAGUUUGGCAUGUUGUCUGGCGUCAACGGGUUUCGCUUUUGGUACACUUGUGAUGAACCCUGUGACGGAAGCUAUUCUAUCGGCGGUCGGCCUCAGGAAUACCUACCGAAUCCUUGCUGCCAUGCUAUUAGUGAACGGGGUUCUUUGUUGCAGUACCUUUGUACCGCCACCUGACGGAAAUUCUGAUACUACAAGUGAUGAUUCGCAACACCACAACCACGAAGGCCGUACAUUAGCGAAGCCUAGCGAUACGGAACAUAUUACAGCUACGGAAAAGUUGAUGGGACAGAAAAAUAACACACCAGAAUUCGAAGGCCAAACGUCAUCUGUAACAAAUUCAACCUCGACGAAGGAGGGAAAAGAAAACAAGAAAAGUCAUUUUCAAGGCGUGUUCAGAAGAAAUGUAUGGACCAACCCUGGCUUUCUUCUUUGGAUUCUUGCAAACGUGGUGCUCAGCUUGUCGCUGCUUUUCCCGUUCUUUCAUUUGGUCAAAUACAUGACAACUCUCGGCAUUCCGGAGAAACGCGGUGUGAUAGUGGCCUCUGUGGCGGGGUUCGCGGAGCUGGCCGGGCGGGUGCUGUGCGGGGUGCUGGGGGACAACCUCCCGUUCCCGAUGGCCUAUCUCUUCCCAGCCGCUGCCCUGAUCAUGGCCGUGGACACUUUUAGCUGCCUCCUCAUCACGACCUUCACCGGCAUGAUCAUAUACGCACUCGUGAUUGGACUGUGCACAGCCGUAAUUUCAUGUCUGGUGUACGUUGUCAACUCCGAGCUUUUCGGCCUUGAGAACGUGGACUCUACCUGGCCCUUCUCCAUCGGCUCUCAGGGACUGGGCGGUGUCAUCGGCCCAGUCAUCGCAGGUGCAAUAUACGACCGUACAGGCGCAUACAGCACGUUGUUUUACGUCGGAGGCGGUCUACUCUCCCUGUCGUCUGCUCUGCUGCUGGUUGCCAUCUGGCUCAGGAACGCCAUGCCAUUGACAGAAGUGACGUCAUCAGAUUCAGGGCACUUGUCAGAAAAUAUCGUCAUAGGAGAUGACCGAUACAACACGCCGCUGAUAACGGAGAAGGUCACCACAGUAUAGUGUUGACCAUUUACCAUGUUUCAUAUAGACUAAUAUAGACCAAAAUAAGAUAGAUACUUAUCUAUAAAAGCUUGUUUGCCUCCUAUAGUAUACUUGUACUAUCAUACAUGACAGACACUUUUCACAUGUUGCCACAGGGACUCUGAAAUGGUGUUGGAUGCAGCGAUGUAGCAAUUUGCAUUUCAGAGAAUCUUAUCUCAAUCGUUUUCGGACAUCCAGAGAUCUUCUAAACGUUUAGAAUAAGUCCGUUUGGCGUGCAUUGAUCAUAGGAAUUAAUAAGAAAUGCAUAAAACCUUCCCAGUAGAAUUUUAUCUGAAGAAAACGCCGUAUUUGCUUGAGCACAGUUCAUUGACAUGCAAAUCAGGAAAAACCAAUAUUGCAGCCAGGGCCAACAAAACUUCAUUGAUAAUACUAUUGAGUGAAACCGCUAUACAGCUGACGAGGUUUCUUAGCAGGGAGCAAGCUAAGAUCCCUUGUUGAUUAUCUUCACUAAUUUGGCAUGAUUGAUACAACAUUUCGGGCUCGGCUGGGAAAGACUCGGCGGACAGGGUGCUGGAUUGCUGACGCUUGAUUCUUCAAUGUCAGAGGGGCUAAUUCUCACCAAAUCAGGCACAUGAAAUAGAUCCUUAUGAAAGUAUUUUUUGUUUUGACAAACUGGUACCCCGGUGAAUUUGUGAGACGGAAAUGUUUUGCUUGUAUGCUCAAAACUGCUUACUGUAUACAAUAUCAGCGCUGUGCAACAAGUGCAUUUCUAGUACCAGUAUUUUUCACUCGAUGAGAAUCAAAUGUCAUGUGUGUGUGUGAAGACAUUCAUUCACUUAAAUCUCAGGAAUAAUGGCAUGUAACGUUACAUGAACGUGUCAUGUCUAGAAUUGUACGCACAAAAACAGUGUUCAGGUCGCACUUGUUACAGUGGAUCACAGUUGCCGACUUGCAGUAGCAUCAGCCUUGUUUAUGCCAAUCAUCUUGCCACUGAAAGUGGAAAUCCUCAAUGGCGCCAUUGCUGUGUACAUCAGUACACAGAUGUCUGGGUACUUACUGUAUAGAUGGCAGAUAAAGUAUGGUCUCCUCGAUUAAUACUGAUGAAUAGUUUUAUGAUUAACCCUAUAUUAUGGUGUCUAUAUUUCCUAACUAGUAAUAGAGAUGAACGAUAGUGUACUAUGAUCUGCAAAUUAUACAAGUCAUAAUUUUGAUAUUACAUUGUUGCUGUCAAUCGGUAGCACUCAGUUUGUAGGUUCAUGGAAAGUCAUGUACUUAUUGGGGCUAUUAUUGAUAAUAUUACUAGUUGUUGCUCAAUGUUUUAUUAUACGCUUAACGACGCUAGUUUUUAUGCUAUUCUUUUAAGGAGAAGUAAAUAUCUACUGUUUUAAAAUAAUUCUAGUUAAUGGUGCUAUGUCAAGAGUUCAAGCAACCCAUAACAAGAGUUUGUAGACCCCAUACCUCCAUGAAAUAUUUAGAGCCAAUG